AUGUUUGAACUUAUACACUAUCGUUAUGGGCUCGUGGUGACCGUUAUAGUGAAUGUGAUAUUGGAGAAAAACUUCUACAUUUAUGCAAUAAAUAUACCUAGGAGAGAUGGCGUGGACGUAUUUAAUCUUCUUUUGGGUUUGUAUAAGUUAAAUCCUUUAAAACACUCCAAAGUAUAUUCAAAAUUUGCUAAAAACGUUCUCGCUCCAGGUGACAUAACGGGUGUAUUGUCUUCAAGUGAAAAUAAAAACUACCAAAAAAAGUAUCAAGAACUGAAAGAGAUAGAAAAUGUGAUACACCCUUUAAUUAAGAAGCAACCGAAACACUCUUUAGACAAACCUAAGUAUGAUGUAGAAAAUGUUGAUACAGAAGACUUUAGAGUUGAUCUGGUAUUGCCAGACAAUAUCGAAACAGAUUACAAGCCCGCUAAUAAAUAUGGGGGGAUAAAUAUUUUAGAAGAAUAUGGUAUUAUUAAAAGUAAUGAUAAUAAAAUGCCUAUGAACAAUGCACCUAAGACGAAAUUAUUACCUGUCAAUCAGUGGUUGCUGCCCACUUCUAUUAAACAUAAUCCAACGUCAAUGGGACAGCUGGAUAGAGAAAAUAGACCACAUGAUAAUAAAAACCAAUAUAGACAAAUCCCUAAUUCUUUUCAAGAGGCGCCGAUAAUCAGUGACAAUGAACUAACAGCAGACGUGGUGGUUUUGUAA